UUCAAGUCCUUUAAGCAUAUCUCGCUCUUUAGAUUAUGUGUUCUUCUUAGCAUGAUCUCGCAUUAGCAAGGUUUCAUGCUUUCAGCAUAUAUCCCACCAUUCUUCAACACAUGAUACCAAACAGUUCCCACAUAACAAACAACAGUUAAGAACAUUUCAUCAGGUACGUGAUACAAGUUCUUCGCUAGAUAAAACCCCAGUUCCAACAUCAAGUUCCAAACUUUGGCAACAAAUUAUAUAGUGUAAGACUAAGUUUUUAACCUCUUCACCCAGCAACUCAACAGGAAUUGUAAGGAUGAGUUCCUUUUAAACACAUUUUGCCAAUCGAACACUUCAGUGGGCGGUGGAUCACUGGCUACCAAGUAAACCACUACCACUUAGUCGUCUAAUAUUGAUUCAACAAAAGGAAUCAGAUCCAGGGCAUGAUCAGUAGAUUCCAACUGGUGGGUGUAAUUCAAAAUUCAAACUCAAAACCGAAUAGAUCCUCUUUGGUCAACAGAAUUCAACUCCUAGUCAAACACCGAACUAAAACAAACAUGUCUCCAGACCAGAACAGAGGAUAACUAAACUCGAAUUUCUCUACUGUAGUGACCCAGAUCAAAAUAGGUACGUCGGAAUUGGGAAAUAAAGCAAGGGAUCGAUCAAGCGGCAAAACGAAAUUGCAGAGCAAUUAAAGGUUUUUUUUUUUGAGGGGAGAAAUAGAGAGAUGGGUGGGAAAAGGAAGUUACUUGGAGAGUGUGAGUGGCGAAUUCGACGCCAAUGGUGGACUUGGACCCCAAGCAGAACUCGCUGCGAGUGAAGCGGGAGAGUAGGUUGGAUUUGCCGACACCGGCGUGUAUGGAGUCGACGGCAGCCUUAAGAAUGGAGGACAUAGCAGAAUCGCACACAGUGUAGGGGCGAGUGGAUGAUGACGGUAAAAGAACUUGGGGUUUCUUCACACCUCUGGAACGAAUUUUCUCUUCCUGGGCCUAGACAAUUAGUAGGCCCGUUCAACAUCUCCAGAGGAGCCCAUUGCAAUUUUAUGUUUCCAAAAGUACCCCUCCGUAAAACGCUCUGGAGGCAGCAAAUUUGAAAUGGGGAAACUGUUUUCCCCUUCAGCGUAUUAUAAGUAUAGUAGACUAGUGUGACCCCGACCAGUUGGUCGGAGCAAGGUGAGGUAUGAAAUUUGAUAAUGUAAUUGGUGUAUAACUUAUUGUUGUAUAGUUUUUUUUUUUUUUGGAAACACGUGAUAAAAUAGUGAAUUUUAGCAGGAAAUAGACAUGAAUGAUGCAACGAAUAAAAAAUCGGCCUUAUGAACCAAAGUCAAGUACAUGUUACCUUGUGAAACAAUAUUGUUUAUGGUAAUAUGACGAGGUGGAGUAAGUUUUAUAGAAACCGAAUUCCAGAAAAUCGAAUAAAAAAUUGCCUAUCCCGUCGGUUUUCGGGAAAUGAGCAUCUCACAAUCGUUGCUAGCUUUUACUCGGCCCGCUGGCCGAUUAAUUUGCUUUAUAAAACUUUCAUCUUGUCGUCAUUGUGCUUUCUGGAUUUUGUCAGGCCAUGAUAAAAUCUAAGGAAAUAAAGAACGAACAACACGAUUUGGUAUAGGAACCGCCGUUGUCGUAUCCCUAGAAAAUGGUGGUAAACACGGACUCACCUGCCAAACUGGUUUGGAUUGAGAUUUUUAUCGGGUAUCAGGGAACCAUGUGAUUAUAAAUUAGACUUGAUCACAACGGGCCAAAAUUUAAAAUUCAGCCUGUUUGACCGACCCAUGCCAAAUUCUAAUUAUUCUUUACUUUUAAGCUUUCUAUUUGAAAAUAAAAAAUAGUGAAAGAAAAGAGAUGAAUGCAAUUUGCCAUUUGCACAUCACUUCUUCGGGAAUAAAACCAUAGAAAUUGGAACUGAAAAUGUUUAGAAUCGUUUUAAUGUUUAAAAUAACCAAAUAGAUCUUUCUGUUUAGUUUUUUACUAACAAAUGCCAAACGAUUCCUAUAAAAUACACUAUAAUUUGAUCAUUAUGAUAUCAAAAAAUUAUAUAAUAUAUAUUUGAAAUGAUAAAAAUUGGACUAAUUGGGUUGGUCGAGGUUGAACCAUUGAAUAACUUUAAAAUACAUUAUAUUUUAGCCACUAAGAUAUAAAAUAAUAGCAUAAUAUAUAUUAUGUUAGAGAAAAUAGCUUGUUUUAGAAUGACAAACCAAUGAUGUUCAUUUGUUUUACUUGAUGGCCAAAUCCGGCGUAGGUCAGACCCAUUCAACUCUUUUAUUAUGGUUAGCGGUUAGCCCAUUAGAAUCCAUGCAUUGGUUUAUUGUUAAAAUUUUUAUUUUUAGCAAUAAAAAGGAGUAUUGUUUUUGCCUUUUCAUAUAUAUUUUUAUAACCACGGAGAAAUAAAAGGGCUUAAAGAAAAAAAUUGACACUCCUGGACCCGUUUAAAUCCGCAUGUGUACGGUAAGUUGGCCCGUUCCACAGAGGAAAGAAAAAAAAAUUGACACUCCCUAUUCUACCAUUUCUACAAACGAUUCUGGAGCACGAAAUUUGAGAUAGGGGAAGGGUUUUUUCCUCCCUGCUAUUAUAUUAAUUUAUAAAAAUACAACAAAUAUAUUUAGUGUGAUUGGUUAUGAUCCUUGUAUUAUAUUAUGUGUAGAUGUGAGGCUUUGUCCCACGCGAUGGAUGGAGCUAUCUUGUAGGAGAUUUUGGUGCUACAAUCAUCAUUUCGACGUGUUAUGUUUAACUGUGCACCUCAUAUGUAUAAUAUGAUUGCCCAUUCGUUGCAAAAAAAAUUCCUUUGUAUCGUUGGAUCGUAAGCUUUUUUUUUUUUUUUUUUUUUUGGUUCUUUUCAUUUUGUAACUUGAAUUGUAAACAUUUUAUACACCUCGUAUCUAUACUGUUUCUCCAUCGAGGGGAGAAAAAAAAAACAUAAAUAACCUUAGGUGAAGGAAAGGUUGAAGAGAGCUGGGAGAAGCGAAAGCUUUCAAGGAGCGGUAGAUAAACUGAUUGUGAGAUUGUGCGAAAGGAGGAGUCGUAGUUUCAAUCAUGGCGUGGAGAGGUCAGCUUUCUAAGAAUCUCAGGGAGCUUCGAAUUCUUCUCUGCCAGUCAUCUGCUUCAAGCUCGUCCACCAGAACUUUUAUUGAGAAGAACUACAAGGAUCUCAAGACUCUCAACCCCAAGCUUCCAAUCUUGAUCCGCGAAUGCAGCGGAAUCGAGCCCCAGCUUUGGGCUAGAUACGAUAUGGGUGUUGAGAGGGGUGUUCGUCUGGAGGGUAAGGACGAAGGGCAGAUCUCUAAGGCCCUGGAAGAGCUUGUGAAAGUAGGGGCUGCCCUCAAAGCUUGAUAUAGGGGUUUUCAUUUCAUUGGUUCCAAAUACUGUAAGAGCAGUGAAAUAAAUGUGGUACUGUGUCAAAAAGAUCUCACCUUGUCAGGUUACAGUAUUUACUGCUCUUUGCAUUCAUGUAGACUGUGCACUCAUUUUCUAAUUACUGCCCCCGGGGCCGGUGAAGGUUAUUGAAUAUUGAUGUUCAAUUCGGUUUUUGUUGGAUUUUCUGUAGAUGUGCUUGAUAAACAAAAUGCACUACCGGUGGCCAACUGGCCAUAUAUGAUUUGGAGUUUGGACUUCAUUUCAUAAAUGACUGGAUUCGGUAUUCCAUGAAAGGGAAAACAAAACAGUGGGUCAAAAAAGCCGUGUCGAGAAAAGAUGGCUUUGUCAAUUUGUGUAGGUUUUCUACUGGAUAGAAAGGAUAAAAGUGGUGGUGGCCGGUGGGGGGUCUUCGGCUGGUGUUGUCGCUCUCACUAAGAUAUCCGUCCCUUUUCACCAUUCUUACCCUGGUUCAACAUCUGCGUGUUUGAUUCAGCGGCUAAAAAUGUGAAAGUGAAACUAUUUGAUUAGACGGUGUCAGCAUACGAUCAUUGUUAUGUAGUAUUUGUCAAGAACCAGUUGAUCCCAAUAACUCGAGUUGUUGGGAGAGGUUCAAUCGUGGAUCAUAUACCAUAACACUAACACGCCCCCUCAAACGAAAGCCACUCAUAAAGGCUUGAAGUUUGC